GAGAGAGAGAGACAGAAACAGAGAGGGGGAGAGAGAGAGAGAGACAGAAACAGAGAGGGGGAGAGAGAGACAGAAACAGACACAGACAGCAACACAGAGAGAGAGACAGAAACAGAGAGGGGGAGAGAGAGAGAGAGACAGAAACAGAGAGGGGGAGAGAGAGACAGAAACAGACACAGACAGCAACACAGAGAGAGACAGAAACACAGAGAGGGAGAGAGACAGAAACAUACAGACAGAAACAGAGAGGGGGAGAGAGAGACAGAAACAGAAACACAGAGAGGGAGAGAGACAGAAACAGAGAGGGGGAGAGAGAGAGAGAGACAGAAACAGAGAGGGGGAGAGAGAGAGAGAAACAGACACAGACAGAAACACAGAGAGGGAGAGAGAGACAGAAACACAGAGAGAGAGAGACAGAAACAGACAGACAAACAGAGAGGGGGGAGAGAGAGACAGACACAGACCGUAACACAGAGAGAGAGAGAGAGACAGAAACAGACAGACACAGACAGCAACACAGAGAGAGAGAGACAGAAACAGACACAGACAGCAACACACAGAGAGAGAAACAGACACAGACAGAAACAGAGAGGGGGAGAGAGAGAGAGAAACAGAAACAGACAGCAACACAGAGAGGGAGAGAGAGACAGAAACAGCUCAGACAAAAACACAGAGGGAGAGAGAGACAGAAACAGACAGACAAACACAGAGAGGGGGGAGAGAGAGACAGAAACAGCUCAGACAAAAACACAGAGACAGAGACAGACAGCAACAGAGAGAGAGAGAAUCAGAGAGAGAGAGAGUCAGAGAUUAGGACAGAGAGCCAGACAGUGGGAUGGAUGGGGACAGACAGAAAGAGAAAAACAAGGAUUGAAAGGGAGAGAAACAACAGCCACAGCAAUUAACGUGGGAGAGACUAUAGGAAUGUGGUGUCAUGGAUUUCAGAGAUUAAAAGAACAGACAGUAAAUAAAUCAACUCAUCACAGCAGGAAGUGAGAAACAGGGAGAAUUCAGGUCCUACUGUACACCGUGGAUCAGUUUACAGUCAGAAUGAAGGAGACUGCAGAAUGACUAAGUUCAAAACCACAAAUUAGAAUAAUAAUCCAAUUCUCAUUUAAAUUCCACUGAAAGAUUCACUGAGGAUGACUGAAGACAUUAAGAAGGAACCACUUUCCACCAACAUUAAGCAGGAAGAAAAUUUUGCCGUAGUCAAUCAAGAAAAAGCUGUAGAAGAGGAGGAAGAGUUAUCGCAUGCAGAAAUCCUGGACCUAUUUCAGGAAGGUCUGGCCAUGAUUGUCCAGGAUCCAUUGCUGUGUGAUCUUCCAGUUCAGGUUACUUUGGAAGAGAUAAAUUCUCAGAUCGCUUUGGAAUAUGGUCAAGCAAUGACUGUCAAAGUAAAGAAAGGAGAUGGUGAAAUAAUGCCUGUUGUUGUGAUUCAAAAUGACACAGUCCUGGAUCUGAAAAAAGCCAUCCAGAGAUAUGUACAACUGAAACAAGAGCGUGAAGGAGGAACACAGUAUAUAAGUUGGAAAUAUAUUUGGAGGACCUACCACCUGACAUUUAAUGGAGAGAAACUGACAGAUGACAAGAUGAAACUGAAAGAUUACGGUAUAAGGAAUCGAGAUGAAGUUACCUUCAUAAAAAAACUUCGAAAAAAAUAAAAAUUUGUAUAACUCUUAAUAUGUGUCCAAAAGACACAUUUAUCUUGUCGAGAGAUGUCAGUUCCUGCCUCUCUGCUCUUGACAAAACUCUUUAUCACACCAGAGGACAGAAGAAAAGCAACACAGGAGCUAUAUUGUUCAUUCAAACUUUAGUGAUAAAGGAACAAGUCAAUUUCUGAAUUGUUACUAUUUGCAAUUCUGUGUUCAAUAUAAUGUUGGUUGUAUAAACUGUUUAUUGAAUGAUUCAGUGUAUUUAGAGAUUAACUUUGUAAUUUUUGCAAUCCCGUUGAUUAUAUCAAAAUCCAUAUGUUGUAAUAAGUGUAAGAAUGUCAUGCAUCAGACUUGUACAAAUGAAAAUUAUGAUAGAAUGUAUCCAAGUAUUGGAAGUGCAUUAUAAAAGUUUUUUUUAAAUGCUACAGAGCUAAAUGUCUACUUAAAACCAGA